AACUAUACAUGACGUUCGAAAUCGAUCAGUAGCAUUGAGUCACAUUAAGCGAAAAGGUUAAAUUGAACAAAAAUGAGUCAAAAAGUUACUCCAAAAAUUACUUAUUUCAAUUUUCGAGGUUUAGCUGAAUUACCACGAUUAAUCUGUAAAUAUGGAAAAAUAAAUUUCGAAGAUAUUCGUCUUAAUCAGGAAGAUUGGGCAACAAUUAAACCAACAACCCCCUUUGGCGUUUUACCUUUAUACGAAGAAGAUGGAAAAAUUUGCAACCAAAGUAUAGCAAUUAGCAGGUAUUUAGCCAAAAGAGUUGGAUUGUACGGUGAUGACGACUGGGAAAAUCUAGAAAUUGAUUCUGUUGUAGAUACAAUAACUGAUUUAAGAUUAAAGUUGACCCAAGUUUUUCGUGAGGAAGACGAAACGAAAAAAGCAGCUGAUCAAGAAGUUCUGAUAAACGAGACUUUUCCUUAUUAUUUAGAACGAUUAGAUAAGAUUGCGGCACAAAAUUUUGGUCAUAUGGCCGCCAAAAAGUUAACAUGGGCAGAUUUCCAUUUCGCAAUUUGCUAUGGAAUGUUCGCUUUCAUAGCUGGAGAAGAUACUCUCAUCAAAUACAAGAACUUAGUUAAAGUUAAAGACAAUGUUGAGAGUAUUGCGACAAUUAAGAAUUGGAUGAGAGAAAGACCAGUUACUGACUUUUAAAUUAAUCCUUUAAUUGUUAAAUACACAAUUCAUAAAAAAAAUAGAGACGUUUUUA